UCCACCUUUGAAAGUCUCACUUCCUCCACGCCGCUGUGUGAUGUACUUGAACCUAGCGUCUGCCCUCAGCGCCUCACUCCGCCGGCUGCUUGGCGCCCCGAUCUGAAUCCAGCCCGUCAGACUCCCAGUUCACCAUGUCCAGGAGGGUUGUGAGGACCAGUAAGUUCCGCCACGUCUUCGGCCAGGCGCUGAAGGCCGACCAAUGCUACGACGACAUCCGCAUCUCCCAGAUGACCUGGGACAGCACCUUCUGCUCCGUCAACCCCAAGUUCGUGGCCAUGAUCGUGGACGCCAGCGGCGGGGGGGCCUUCAUGGUGCUGCCCCUGAGCAAGACGGGCCGCAUCGACAUGUCCUACCCCACCGUCUGCGGCCACACCGGCCCGGUUCUGGACAUCGAGUUCUGCCCGCACAACGACAACAUCAUCGCCAGCGGCUCCGAGGACUGCAGCGUCAUGAUCUGGGAGAUCCCGGACGCCGGCCUGACCACCUCGCUCACAGACCCCGUCGUCAAGCUGGAGGGACACUCCAAACGCGUCGGCAUCCUGAGCUGGCACCCCACGGCGCACAACGUGCUGCUGAGCGCAGGCUGCGACAACGUGGUGAUCCUGUGGAACGUGGCCCGCGGCGAGGCGGCGGUGCGGAUCGACAGCGUUCACACUGACCUCAUCUACAGCGCCUGCUGGAACCGGGACGGCUCCAUGAUCCUCACCUCCUGCAAGGACAAGACCCUGCGAGUGCUGGACCCUCGCAAGGGCGCCGUGCUCUUCGAGAAAGAGAAGCCGCACGAAGGCUCGCGGCCCGUCAGGGCCGUGUUUGUUAACGACGGGAAGAUCCUCAGCACCGGCUUCAGCCGCAUGAGCGAGAGGCAGGUGGCGCUGUGGGACCCGAAGAGCUUCGGCGAGCCGCUGACCCUGCAGGAGCUGGACACCAGCAGCGGCGUCCUGCUGCCCUUCUUUGACCCGGACACCGGCGUCGUCUACCUCUGUGGAAAGGGAGACAGCAGCAUCCGUUACUUCGAGGUGACUGACGAGGCGCCGUACGUCCACUACCUGUCCAUGUACAGCAGCAAGGAGAGCCAGAAGGGGAUGGGCUACAUGCCCAAGAGGGGCCUGGAGGUCAACAAGUGUGAAAUUGCCAGGUUCUAUAAACUCCACGAGAGGAAGUGUGAGCCGAUCGUCAUGACGGUGCCUCGGAAGUCGGAUCUCUUCCAGGAGGACCUGUACCCGGACACCAUCGGCCCCGAGCCCUCGGUGGAGGCGGACGACUGGUUCGCAGGGAAGGACGGGAAGCCCAUCCUGAUCUCCCUGAAGGACGGCUUCGUAGCGACCACCAAGGCCAAGGAGUUCAAGGUGGUGAAGAGUCUCCUGAAGACCAGCGGCUCGACCGCGGGGAGCCCCGGCGACAGCAACGGGGACGUCCAGUCCUUGAAGCAGGAGGUGAAGGACCUGAAGGCGGCCGUGGAGGAGCUGACCAAGCGUGUCCGUGAGCUGGAGAGCAAAAAUUAAUCCAGACUAGAGGAGACAAAGAACCGGAGGACGGAGACAAACUUCAGACAGCAGCGAGACAAAGGGACAGAAACAGACAGCAGGGGCUUUAAAACAGCUUGGAUUUCUUUAUUUGGUUUGAGUGAGUCCUUUUUUUAAAAAAUAAUUCCUGUUUUAAUAUAUGUUUUUAAUUUGAAAUAAAGCCUUCUGUAUUUUCAGAGUAAUGA